AUGAUGCUUAGAGUAGUUCUUAGCAAGUUAGUUUUACUUUCGAAUGUUGGUUCAUCUGAGUCACAAUCCAUAACGCGUAAUCAACUUAUCUUCGAAGAUCGACAAUCAUCAGCGGAGGAAGUGGCUACAAAGGGUCUGGCUCUAGCUCGUGAAUGGACCUCCUCACAACCCCUUACAAGCGGAGUGCUUCAAGCGACAACAAAAUCAAUCCUGAAGAAGCGAUCGAUAGACAUCAGAACAUACACGACGCACUGUAAGGUCGACGCUUCAUGGGAUAAAGCUUCAAAAACCGCAGGACUUGCUUGGAUCUUUCAUGGCUCUCAAUGGACUGAGCCUGUCCCAGGAUCACAAACAGAACGCUUCGUCAACUCCCCCCUAAUAGCGGAGGCUCUCGCCAUCAGAUCCAGCCUCCGCAUGGCAGUAACUCUGCAGAUCAAACAUCUCAGGGUUUACUCCGAUUGUCAGACGCUCACUCGAGCUAUUAACGACAGAGCUAUGAUUUUGGAGAUUUUUGGUGUUGUGGCAGACAUCAACCAUCUCUCAUCUAUGUUCCUAUCUAUCUCUUUUGCUUUUAUUCCCCGAUCUCAAAACUCUGAGGCAGACGCUUUGGCAAAGCGCACUUUCUCGUCUUUCUCUUCUGUAAUGGACCUACGUUUGGGCUAA